CGGGACGCGGGGCGCAAGGAGAGGAGCGUGCUUCGAGUGGGCCGUGUCUAGAGCUGUCGCGCGAAACCCGAGCGCGGGGUAGUCAGGCCCUGGGCGGCGUUUGCCCAAGGUACCCCGCAGCUGUUCAGGGCUCUGCCCCACGAGGUUGGGGGCGCGCGCAGGUGGCGUUCCCCCGCAAUCUCGGGACCGAAGUCUCAGGGAAGGUCGCGCGCGCGUGGAAGAGGUGGACGCUCGGUGUGGGGUGUCCACGUGUGCAAGCUCCGGAGGGAAGCGCUCGAGGGAGGCGUGACAAAGACGGACUUUGUGUCCUGCGGGUGCGCCUAGCUCCAGCCCGGAGCAGCCGACAGUGCCCGGCGAUUGUCUCAAGGGACAGCCGGGACGGAGGGGACAAAGGCUGGGUGUCCGCCACCAGAGAGCCGCGCCAAAGCAGCCCUCGCGCAGUCGGUUGCGCGAGACCGCUAGGAGAUGAGGAGUUCGAGAGCCUGCCCCGGGGGCGAGCCGAGCUGUACCCCAAACAGCUUUCCAGAGAGAAAGCCGAGUCCCGUAAGUGCGCGCGAGUGUGCGCGCGCCCGCGUGCGGGGGGCGUGGCAGUAAACAGCAACAACCCGAAGCCAGCUGGGGCCGAAACUCCGAUCUCCCUUCCCGGCCCGACUGUGCGACUCGCCGAGCCUGGAGGGACCCACCUGGAACCUGGCCUGGGAGCCGGGAUGGCCACCCCCAAGGCCUUGCUAAUGUGUCUGGGACUCCCUCUCUUCCUGCUCUCAGGGGCCCAGGCCCAAACAUAUGUCCCACCUGGCUGCAGCUCAGACCUCAACCCCCUCUACUACAACCUGUGUGACCGCUCCGGGGCCUGGGGCAUCGUCCUGGAGGCAGUGGCUGGGGCAGGUAUCAUCACCACCUUUGUGCUCACCAUCAUCCUAGUGGCCAGUCUCCCCUUUGUUCAGGACACCAAGAAACGGAGCUUGCUGGGGACCCAGGUGUUCUUCCUACUAGGCACCCUGGGCCUCUUCUGCCUUGUGUUUGCGUGUGUGGUGAAGCCCGACUUUUCCACCUGUGCCUCACGGAGGUUCCUCUUUGGGGUCCUGUUCGCCAUCUGCUUCUCCUGCCUGGUGGCUCAUGUCUUUGCCCUCAACUUCCUGGCCCGGAAGAACCAUGGGCCCCGGGGCUGGGUGAUCUUCACCGUGGCUCUGCUACUGACCCUCGUGGAGGUCAUCAUCAACACAGAGUGGCUGAUCAUCACCCUGGUGCGGGGAGGCGGUGAGGUUGGCUCUCCGGGCAACGGCAGUGCUGGCGGGACUGUGGCCUCCCCCUGCGCCAUCGCCAAUGUGGACUUUGUCAUGGCGCUCAUCUACGUGAUGCUGCUGUUGCUGGGGGCCUUCAUGGGGGCCUGGCCCGCCCUCUGUGGCCGCUUUAAGCGGUGGCGUAAGCAUGGUGUCUUUGUGCUGCUCGCCACAGCCACCUCAAUUGCUAUCUGGGUGGUGUGGAUUGUCAUGUAUACCUACAGCAACAAGCAACACAACAGCCCCACCUGGGAUGACCCCACGCUGGCCAUCGCCCUCGCUGCCAAUGCCUGGGCUUUUGUCCUCUUCUACGUCAUCCCCGAGGUCUCCCAGGUGACCAAGGCCAGCCCAGAGCAGAGCUACCAGGGAGACAUGUACCCCACUCGUGGCGUGGGUUAUGAGACCAUCCUGAAAGAGCAGACAGGCCAGAGCAUGUUUGUGGAGAACAAGGCCUUUUCCAUGGAUGAACCAACCUCAGCGAAGAGGCCCGUGUCACCUUACAGCGGCUACAACGGGCAGCUGCUGACCAGUGUGUACCAGCCCACGGAGAUGGCUCUGAUGCACAAAGGCCCGUCCGAAGGCCCCUACGACGUCAUCCUCCCACGGGCCACCGCCAACAGCCAGGUGAUGGGCAGUGCCAACUCGACCCUGCGGGCUGAAGACAUGUACACAGUCCAGAGCCACCAGGUGGCCUCGCCGCACAAAGAUGGCAAGAACUCUCAGGCUCAGUCCCCGCAAAAUAAAACGAGAUGGUAGACGCCCUCUUCCCUGGACCGAACGGCAUCCUGAUGUCCUCAUUCCUCUGUACCCAGGCUGGGCAGAGCCCAGCACCUUUCCUGCCCUUGUCACUGGAGCUGGGAGGGACCGGAGGCCACCACCUGAAGAAGUGGACAGAGAGGGGGCCUGUGAAGGCCUGAGGGAUGUGACUGGGCCUCUUAGGGCCGCCUCUUUUCUGCCCAGCCCAGCCACUGCAGCUGUGAGGAGCUGCAUGCAGACUCCCAGCUCCCCUCCGACAACCCUUCCAUAUCACAGCCCCGGUGUCCCCACGCCGUUCUCCAGUUGGCCACCCUGCUGUGAAUAGCAGGCCUUAGCUGCCCCUGUCUUGACACUGGACCUUUCUGGCCCGGCCACCUUCGUGUCUGGCGUCGGCUCUUGGGUGGACCUCCUACAUGCGGCUUUGAAACCAAGCCAUGGCAGAAGUUAUCCCUUGCCCUUCUCCCCAGAGCCUUCUGCCAACACCUGGACUACGGAAGGCCACUGAGCUGGCUGGAUAGGUGCUGCUUCUCUUCAUGGCCCCUGGGUCCUGGAUCUGAGCCACUGACUGACCAAGCCUUCCCCGCCUGCAGCAAACCAGGCCCACCCCCCAGCAGGGCCAGCCCCGGCCCCUCUCUUUUCCCUCCUCCCCCUCACCGGCCGGGACAGGGAUUGCCACACUGGCCCCAACCAGGGAAGCUCUUAUCGUACAGAAAUACCUCAUGGAGCACCCCACAGAGGAGUUGGCAGCCCAUAGUGACAUUUGGGGCUCAGCACCAGUUGUGUGCCUCAGGCCUUCUCGCUGGUGUCUACUCUUAGCCAGCUUGGAAAGUGGCUCUGGUGACAGGUGCAGGUGUAGAUGCCCCUGAAUUACCUGGAUCUCGCAGGUUCUGGGGAAAAGUGGGAGCCUGCUGUGGCUACCUGGACAUCUGGUUAGGGCUCUUAGGGGACACAGGGUUGGGAUCGGGGCUGCUUUCUUGGGAACCAGUUAAGGGUGGUGGAGUCUAGGCCUCUCCUGUGACUGAAACUCCUGGGGUUUGGGGCAGCCCGCUGAGUAAGCGGGGCCCGCCCCUGAAGAUUCCACUGGUUCAGAUUGGUAGAUGUCUAAGCUCCUACCUCACCUUGGGCAGCAGAGAUUCUUGAGGCAUCAGGAUGUGCUGGUGCUACCUUCAUCACUGGAGCAGCCUCUGUGUCCUUGGUCCUGGAUGCACUUGGGGAGGUCCUGAUGGCAGCCAGGGAAGAGGGGACAUUCUCGGGACCACGCUGCCACCAAGGAGAGCGAUGAACACAGCCCCAGACUCAGGGGACUCAGGUCUGCGCACAGCAUCCUCUUCCCUACCUUUGUCCUGUCUUUGGGUACUGGACAGAGCCGGCUCAUCUGAGGGGGCCUCCCUGGGUGCAGAGGUGGAGGGUGAGGACAAGCAGCUUUGGAGACAGCACUCCCAGUGCCACCCUCCUAUCUGCAGCAGCCUGUGCCUUUGUCACUGGAGUAAUUCUGCGGAUCUUAGCUGGGUGAACAGUUCCCACAGAGCAGGGCUGUACCCUUACGUGUGACACACACCCCGCCCAUUGUACAUGAUUGCUUAGUUCUACAAAUAGGGUAGCACUUUCUGUGAGGGGAAGGGACAGCUCUCGAGCAUCUCAGCCUGCUCUUGAUAUGGGUGAGCAACCUCAAGGUCCCUUACAGUGGUGAGCUCACUGUUCUAGAGUCCCCGGCUGCAUUAGGUGGCCAGGGGUGAAGCCUGUGGUGGACCUGGGUGUGUUUGUACCUGAGCUUUGGGGCCUGCAGGGGGUAGUUACAGGGGAUGGGCUCCUAACAGGUGCAGGCUGGCCCAGGUUCCAGAGUGCCCAGUGGUCUUGCAAUCCCCAGUCCUGCGCUGAAUGGAGAGCAUAGAUGAAUUUUAUUUUGAGGUUUGGAUUUGUUUUGAGAGAGGGUCCUGCUGAGUACUUCAGGCUGGCCUGGAACUUGCAACAAUCCUCCUGUCUCAGCCUCCUGAGUGUCGUCGGGAUUACAGACGGUUGUCAUCGCGCCUGAUAAACAGAUGUGUUUUAGGAAGAGAGAGGGGCUUCAUGAAUUGAACGCAAGUGUGGAGUGGGAAAAAGCUAGAGCAGGCCAUUUUCUGGUGCAAGGUCAUCACCUUGGACCAGCACCUGGGUAAAUGUCAACCCCACCCUGUCAGACCCUGUAGCUGGAGGCAGAGGGGUUUCAUCUUCAUAAUGGCGCAGAAUUAACCAACUGUCCUCACUUGUGAGGGGCCGCUGCAUUGACUUCCUGUGUGUUCAUGAGGAAUUCAGUGACAUGAGUGUGUAUGUGUGUAUAUAUUUUUCUCUUUUACCCCAGACCCCUGCCUUUUAUAACAACAAAGGGGGUUUAAUUCGGACACACCUUUCUCUUGGUUGAGGACUUACUCUAGGGGAAAACCAGGCCUCCAAAAGACAUCGAGAUCUUAUCCAGCCAAGCCCAGGGACCAGGGAUCCCUGAUGGCAGCCCUGCUGCUGACUGGCCAGGCUGGGGGAACAGCUGGGACAGCCCAGUGAAAUGCUCUGUCUUCAGAAAGGCACAGUGGGUCCAGGUCAGGAGGACCCAGCAGGUGCCAUGCCCAGCUUUCCAGCCAGUUCCUGUGGCUACACACUCCGUUACCAGUGCCUUCCAAAUCCUAGUCAAAGAAAGGGGAGGGUUAGGCAACUGGCCCCUGGGGACGCCGCUCAGAGUGGGUCUGUCAGCCUUUCCAUCCAUUCCCAUCAAGGCUAAUGCUUUCUCUGUCCCUGGAGGGUGGCCCAGGUCGGGUGCAGGUGCCGGUGAUCCGGUUUUGCUUCCUGUCUGCUGUCUCCACACUGGGCCCUCCCGGAAGCUGCAGCCCCCACCCACAGCAGCAACGUGAAUUAUUCAGCAUCUGCACCAGACUGGCAGUGCUCUGACCUCAUCCUUCUCGGGCCCCCGGGUGUGGCUCUGACCUCAUCCUCCUGGAGAAAAGGCUGCUGCUAAUGGGCAAAGGUGGGGGUAGUGGGUCCCUCCGGGAUGGCAGUGAUUGAGGAGGUGGGGACCAACUGCCCUUGUAGCAGGAGUGGCGACGGAGUGGAGAGAACGUGACAGUAAUCAGGCCAGCCGUGGGUUCAAGUGCUGCUCUUACCAGCUCUAUGGCCUUGGGUCCUCCCUUGACUCUCAACCUCCUCAUCUGGAAAACGGGAAAACCAACACCUUGAGUUCAUUCUUGGUGUCCUAGCCGAGGUAACCCCCAUGAAGGUCAUGGCCAAGGUAGAGCAUCCAGGUGCUCUGGUCAGGCUAGCUGGUCUGAGGAUCAGACCUCACAGGUAGCUGCCCCUGGAGGUUCCACAUCUCCCUUGUCCACUGCUGUGCCUUAUGUGCCAGAUCCCAACAGUGAGUGGGGUGGCAAGUUUCUGCACUGGAAGGGAAUGUCAAGGAGAGGGACAAUGGGCAGUGUCCUGGUCAGCAAGGGAGAGAACCAAUGCUAAAGGUGGUAGGAGCGUAGUCUAGGCACACAAGAAGUGCAAGAAGCCAGGCUGCACGGCUGGGAUCAAACUUCAUUUGGUCCUUCAGCAAAUGCUGCCUUGGCACCUACCCUGGAGAUGCUGUGGCAGGUGAACUCUGGUGCCCACCCUCUUUGGCCAGGUCCACGGGGUCUGUGUGGAAGCAGUGUUGGUGGGCUGGGUGGGGCCUUUCCAGGCUGCGCCUCCUUGCCCAGCAGGGCAGCCUCAGGUCUGCCUCUGCCUAGUUCUGCUUACGCUGGGAGUUGAGUCCCCACAAGUUGGGAGGGAACCUCAGCCUCAGGGGUCGGGAGCAGAACUGGACAAAGGCCAGAGCUACUCCUGGUUGUGCCUCAGACAGAGGGCCUGGGUCGGGGGUGAGGGUGCCAGUCCCUGACCAAAGUGGGUCCUGGUCCGGCUCAGGUGCUGGUCCAUGGAGAAGGAUCGAACUCCUGUUUGUGCAAAGGCGCAAUGGCUCCCUGCAUACCUCAGCAGCAGUGGCCCCUGGAAGGUUGUACGGGAUGGGCAGAGAGCCUCAGGCCCGGGAACCACCAGCACCACUGUGGACCCCUGCUCGGGAGCCUCCUGCUCCAGGCCCCUGGUGCAUGGGGGAGGGGAGCGGCCCAUAGAAUCUGGUGUCCGCUGUCACUCUCCAGCCAGGCCCCAGCCCCGCCCCGGCACCCUGUCACCAGAUCCCUGGGCCAGAUGUCACCUCUUCUGGCCCUGGAGAGGCCCUCAUCCUCCUCCCACCCCUCAGGGCCUCUGUCUCCUGGUCUCAUGGGGUUGCAAUUGCCCAUGACCUCUUCCGGGGCCCUGUGGCACCAGCUAAUCUGAACCCAGACCCCAUUACCUACCACAUUCAUCCCCAUAUCUCUUAGCCCCCCACAAAGCUGGUGCAGGGCCUCCCCAAGAGGAGGAACUUUGAAGGCUCAUAGAGUUGGGGUAAGGGGUGACGACCGAGGGCAUGUAGGAACCCUGUCCACUGCCUUUGGUUGGGUCAGCCCAUCACCACUGACAUUUUUGUAGGAUCACUGUUUGUGGUAGGGGCUGUGCACUGGGGGAUGCUGGUGGUAUCCUUACCUUCUACGCAGCACCAUCACCCUGCGGUGUAACCACCUCAAAUGUCUCUAGAGGUGGCAAGUGUCACCUGUGUGCAAACUCACCUGGGCCCCCUUCCAGUCCCCUAGGGGUUAUGGUGAGCCAGCCACACAAAGCAGGGUCUGCUCUGACACCUAGGAUUCCCUCUUCUUUCUGCUGGUUGACAGCCAUCCCGGGCCAGCCCGCGGGACUGUGGUCUUCGCCACAACAGCUGGGCAGCAUGCAGCCUGGUUUCUCCCCUGUCUGUACCAGCACUUUGUCCACUUCUGCCUGAUGUAAGCGUCUGGGGCACCAGAAAGACUCACAGUGAGCCCCUCGGGCAGCAGGGGCCCAGCUGUGGGUUACACCGGGGGCAGACUGGACGUGACGGGGCUCUGUCUCUGUUCUCUUUCCAUCAGGGAGUCACAGACAGGGCCCUUUACACGCACGCACAUGCGAGCCACCCAGGGUAGGGUUUACAGCUGGGGAAGCACCCCUUCAGUCUCUGCUAAGUCAGCAGAGCCAGGUGGAGCAGGGCGAGGCUGGGGCAGGUGCAGGUGGCCUUACCCCCACCCCACAUGCAAAGUAGAAGCGUGAGAAGAACGCAGUCCCGGACUCCAAGGGCCAUGGUUUUAAUAUUUCUCCCUCCCCCUGCGUAUUCAUAUUUGCCUGUAUUUCCAGUACUGAGGUUUGAACUCUGGGCCAUUGCACGGAGAUAUAUCAUCAGCCCUUUUUUAGUGUUUAUUUUGAGACGAGUUCUUACCAAAUCACCCUGGGGCUCAAAUUUGUAAUCCUACCUCAACCUCCUGAGCUGCUGGCGUUACAACUGUAAAAUGCAUUUAUUUUUGUGUACUGGGGAUUGAGCUCAGGGGUUAUUGCAUGCCAGGCAAACACUGCCUCCAAGGAAUAUCGCCAGCCCUAAAUUACAUAUUUUUUUAAAUUCAAGGAUUUUUUUUUUAAUUGAAGUGUUUU